AGACAAAAAACACAUUCCAUUAUUAUAUUAUAUUUAUCACCUGUUUUUUUGGGUACAAGUAUAAUAAUAAUAUUAUUCUUCAAGCUAUAAGCCUAGUUGAUGUUGAUGACAGAGAACAUUCCCAAGUGCCCCCAAGCUCCAUAUAUAAAUGCAGCUCCAUGAUCAUUAAGGAAAAUUAUUCAAGCCAGUUUUACCUGCACUCCAUUUUUAUCUACCUCUUAAGCUAAUACAGCUUAUAGUUUUGCUCUCUCUCCACAAAUCCUCUCUUUGUUUCUGUUUCUGCUUGUGAUCAAGCUCACAAAUCUUGGGUUUAGGGCUAAAUUCAAAUGGGAAUUCAGGAGCCGAUAAUUCGAAGCUAUGAUGGGGUGGCUGACAGAGGCAGAGUGGAAGAUCUUGAACGAAGAUGCGAAGUAGGGCCAUCUGAGCGUGUGUUCCUCUUCACAGAUACGAUGGGUGACCCCAUAUGUAGAAUCCGAAACAGUCCGAUGCACAAGAUGCUGGUGGCCGAGCUGGACAACCAAUUGGUCGGGGUCAUCCAAGGCUCUAUAAAGUUGGUCACAUUUCAUCCCAACAAGCCACCACCUAAAGAUCAAGCCAAGGUAGGCUACCUCUUAGGCCUGAGGGUCUCGCCGCUGUACAGAAGAAAAGGGAUUGGUUCGAGCCUCGUGCGUCGAUUAGAAGAAUGGUUCGUUUGCAAUGAUGUAGAUUAUGCAUACAUGGCCACGGAGAAAGAUAACCAGGCCUCAGCCGGGCUUUUCAUGAACAAAUUUGGCUACAUCAAGUUCAGGACCCCGGCUAUUCUUGUGAACCCGGUUCGCUACAGGCCGUGUCGGGUGUCUUCGGGUGUCGAAAUUGCAAAGCUGAGGAUUGAGGAAGCUGAGUAUCUUUACAGAAAGUGUAUGGCUUCCACUGAGUUUUUUUCACAUGACAUAGAUAAAGUGCUUGGAAAUAAGCUGAGUUUGGGGACUUGGGUGGCUUAUCCAAGAGGAGAUGGGUUGAGGGUUGGAGAUUUUGGGUCAAAUGGUGAUGAGGUGGUGCCUAGCAAUUGGGCCAUGCUUAGUGUAUGGAACAGUGGGGAGCUUUUUAACCUGAGGCUAGGGAAAGCACCCUUAUCUUGCUUCAUGUAUGCAAAAAGUUGGAAAUUGAUGGAUAGGUUUUUACCCUGCUUUAAAUUACUGCCUUCCAUGCCUGAUUUUUUUGCCCCUUUUGGGUUUUACUUCAUGUAUGGCUUGCACCAUGAAGGACCCUUGUCAGGGAAAUUGGUGAGGAAUUUGUGCCAGUUUGUCCACAACAUGGCUGCUAAUAGUAGUUCAGAGUAUAGCUCUAAGAAUUGCAAGGUUGUAGUGACAGAAGUUGGGGGCUGUGAUCCAGUGAAACAUUACAUACCACAUUGGAAAUUGCUCUCUUGUUCUGAAGAUUUGUGGUGCAUAAAACCCUUGAAAAAUGAUAGCCUCCAUGAACUGACAAAAACCCACCCAACAAAAUCUCUUUUUGUAGACCCAAGAGAGGUAUGAAAUGAAAUAUGAACCCAAAACCUCCUGUCCUGGGUAGUUUUGAUGACCUGAAUUUCUUUGACCCCUUUGCAGCCUAGCUCUAAUUGAGAGAAGAACCCAAACCUUAACCCCACCUCAUAUUGUUUGCUUUGAUAACUCUACCCCAACAAUGUUCCAAUUCCAUGACCACCUCUCUCUCUCUCUCUCUCUCUCUCUCUUAAGGGUUGGGGAUUAUAUUUUCUCUUGUUCCUUUCACAUCGGUGACACAAAAUCUUGAAAGAUUUCCUUAAUUAGGUGCCACCAUUGGCGUCCUUGUGGUUA